AAGGAAAGAUAGUGGCAAUUGGCGGAUUGGUGGGAAAAAUUAGUGCGGCAGUAGCAAAGGGCUGCGAUACUAUCAUUAUUGCUAAAAGUAAUUCCGCUGAUUAUCACCACACAGUUCCUUUAUCAGUCCGAACCAAAGCUCCCGUAAUCGCCAAGUUUUUUGGAAUAGCGCCAUUAGAAAAAUAG